AGUAAAGUACAUGUGUACACGUAGAAUUCAACUUCAACAUGUCGUUCCUCCCCUUUUCCUUUUCGCCGACUAUCGAAUGAAUUUGAAAAUCCACUCGCAACGACCGAGCGACGUUUGUUUUCGGUUCGCGUUUGCGUACUAAAAAUCAUUAUUUUAACCCGUUGGUCUCCGCAAAUUACAGAUACAGAAAGGGGUACUCUCUGCUCGUCAUGUUCGAUUUUUUGUGCAAGAUGGUUGUAUUGUAGUUAUUUAUAACGCGUAAUUCGUUCGGUUGCUGUGUCGUGUUGAAAAUUCUCGUUCAACGAAGAUUUUACUCGUCAGAAUGGAUCCCCUAUCCGAAAACAAUUCUGAAGAAGGGAUUGCGCUGAAUGAAACAAUAAUUAAAAUGGAACCAGAAGACGAUACAGAUACUACGAUGGAUUCGACUGGAAAUUUUCUCACCGUCUUGGUACCAGAGGAUAACGAGAAUACUGACACGAAACCUACGUUAUGUGCUUGCGGUAAUAUCAUCGAAUUAGAUCCAUUAAAUCGACAAAACACACCUAGCAACGGCGUACUUAGAUGUAAUCGUUGUCUCAGUCUGAAUUCGAGCUCUAUUCCAACGUCUCAUCAGCAAUCCAGGAAGGUACUCCUGAAUGCCAUCACGAACGCUAAAAAUACCCUACCAUUUCGUUGUCAUUACUGCAGUAAAACCUACGACGCCAAAGAAACAUUCUACAAUCAUAUUCGUAUGCACGCCAUGAAGAAGAAAAAUCCAUAUCUAUGCGGUAUGUGUGGUAAAAAUUUCAAAGAAUUGUUACAAUUCAAAAAGCAUAUCUGCGCCAGGAAUGUGCUGAAAUGUAACAAAUGCAGCAAACAGUUCGAAUCCAUUUUCCGACUCGAGAAUCAUUACUUGACUCAUAGCAAGUACAAAUGCGACGAAUGUGGAAAAUGCCUAAGCUCGAAAACAGUGCUGGAAGAGCAUAAACGAGUUCAUACGAACGAAUAUCCAUUCAAAUGUGACCGAUGUAAUCGACAGUUUAGGCAGAAAUCGAAAUAUAAUGCUCAUACAGCCGCCUGCAAAGAUGGUCAAAAUAUUAAUAAAACGCUUGAAAUUAAAGCAGAAUCUAUUUUCGUAGAUUAGUCGAUUUUCAUGAUGUAUUUCUUACGCUUGUUGAUCAGUUCGCAGUUGGCCGGAUGUCUAUUUCUGAUUACAGUUUUACACAAGGUGUGCCUUAAAUAUUAUAGAUUUUUAUGAUA